AUGAAGUAUCUAGUCCUGUUGUGUUGCUUGGGAGUUGUUCUCGCCUGUUACAUCAAAGUACCUCAUAAAGGAGGUGAUUUGACGGAACGGAUGGACGAGGGUGAAAGUUGGAUUGUCGCUAACAUGUUCUAUGAAUGCAAGGACGGGAAAUUGAUAACGACUGGCUGCGGAACUCCUAAAGGGAACAGGUUGAAAGUUGGCGAGACAUCAGAUGAAGGGAAGUGCACGGAACAUGGCUUGAAAAAGUGA